CGGCGCGCAGGGCCGCUAAAUGCUCCAGCCUCAAAGGGACGAUGGUGGAGGGCUGGUAAAGAUGGCGGCGCUCUCCGAGGAUGGGAGGUAUGGAUUAAACUGUGGCCGGCAGAGCACCGACAGAGUCACCGUGUUACACGUCAAAUUGACGGAGACGGCGCUGAGAGCCAUAGACAGCCACCAAAAUUGUAUGAAUGUACCACCACAGCAGCCGACCAUACAAUUCAAGGGACUCCAAGGGUGCAUUAAAAUUCCCAAGACAGAUUCCACCUCAGACACCUUCCACAAUUUUGAUUUCUACCUGUCUAAUGUGGGCAAGGACAACCCUCAGGGAAGCUUUGACUGCAUCCAGCAGUAUGUGUCCAGCUCAGGGGCCUCACACCUGGCAUUGUUGGGGACGGUACAGGACAAGGUCACGGUGUGUGCCACGAACGACUCCUACCAGGUGACCCGGGAACGCAUGACGCAGGCCGCCGAGGACACGCGUGAACGUGGGACCAAAGUCAUCAAGCCCGGUGGCCAGUACAGAGGAAAGCAAGUCCAUAGCCGUAAGCCGGCGCUGUCGGGGACAGACGUGGUCCCGGAGCGUAAGCGCUCCACGCCCAUCAACCCAGCCAACACCAUCCGCAAGUGCCUUGCCAAUAACCCGGUGUCCCAGCGGCCCUUCAGGGACCGGCUCAUCCACCUGCUGGCGCUCCGGCCCUACAAGAAGCUGGAGGUGAUGGCCCGUCUGCAGCGGGACGGCAUCAACCAGAAGGACCGCACGUCCAUGGGGACCACCCUGCAACAGGUGGCGAACAUUAACCCCAAAGACAACACGUACUCGUUGAAGGACUUUAUUUAUCGUGACAUCCAGCGGGACUGGCCCGGCUACUCCGACGAUGAUAAGACGCAGGUGGACCGGAUCCUGGCUCGUAAAUUAGGUCUUCCCAUCGAGACCCUCCCAUCAAGCAGUUCUCCCAAAGACGUGGUCCCCACAUCGCCCCAGAAGCGCCCGGCGGACUUCGACUUCAUCGACCCUCUGGCUCCCAAGAAGGCUCGCAUCUCCCACCUCAGCAACCGCGGGCCGGCCUCUUCGUCUUCGUCCUCCGAGCAGCGCCGCGAGGACGAGGGCGGCGGCAGCCCCGGCGCCAAGCGCACGUCCCUGCCCGCCCACGUCGCCUCGGGCCCCCCUCCCCCCCACCUGCCGGUCCCGUCCCACCCCCCCGCUCCCUCUCACCAGCAGCCCAGCCCGGCCUCCCACUCCAACUCGCCCAGCACCCCGGAGGGCUGUGGCACCCAGGACCUGCCCAUCGACCAGAGCUCCUCCUGCAGGGACCCUUCGCCCAGCCCCUCCUCCUCCGAUAGGACCCCGCAGGACCACUAUCGGCACCCCGUCUCCGUCCCCACGCCGACCGCCUCCCCCAGCCCCCCUCCCCCCGCCCCGCCCCCUCCUCUCGUUAUCCCUCCUUGCACCUCGCUCACAGUUACCUCCACCGUCAUCACCAGCCCCCCCCUGUCCAGCACUACCAGCAAGAAGUUCAAAAAGAAAUCCAAGAAGCACAAAGAUAAGGAUCGCCAGAGGGAGAAAGGGAAACGGACCGAGAAGAGUAGCAGGAGUCCUCCUCUUCCUCUUCCUCUUCCUCCUCCUCCUCCUCCCGCCGCCGUCAUCAUCCAAGCGGAGCUGGCCGAGGAGCCGAGGAGAGCCAAAAAGAAACGCAGUGCAGAAGAAGAGACGACCAGAGACGUGAUCAACAAGCACCCUCCAAAGGAUCCAGGCCCUUCAGAUAAAGAGAAACCAGUCCAAGCCUCUGAAUUCUCCCCCACAACAGAGAUGCCCGACUACGUCGUGAAGUACAUGCCCAUGGUGUCCAUGGACCAGAGGCAGAGCUACAAGGACGACUUCAACGCCGAGUAUGACGAGUAUCGCCAGCUACACGCCCGGGUGGAGAACAUCACCCGCCGCUUCACCGAGCUGGACGCCAAGUGCCGGAAGCUGCCACCCGGCACCAAAGAAUACCAGAAGGUGCAAGAAGAAGUGGUGAAAGAGUACAAGAAGAUGAAACAACACAGCCCCAACUACCACGAGGAGAAGCAGCGCUGCGAGUACCUGCACAACAAGCUGGCCCACAUCAAGCGGCUAAUAGCCGAUUUCGACCAGAGCCGAGUGCCGUGGUGCUGAGUCGGUAUUGAGAGGCGUGUCCAACCAGGAGGGCGUGUCCAACUGGCUGUUAUUUAUUUACACCCCUUCAGUUACUGCCUCCACAACAGCCCCGCCCCCUCCCCCCCCCCCUAAAGCCCCCCAUAUCAUCCUUUUUCAUUCCUUGCUCCUUUCCCAUCUUUGAUUCCACUGGCUUCGUCGUUGCCUGCAAUCUUGAUGAUCUCACUUUGACUCCUCCCCCUUCUCCCCUCCAUCUUUUGCUUUCUUUAAGUUUCUUCUCAAUGGGCUCCUGUGGAAUGUCAUGCCACUGGACCAGUGGGAGAUGCAGCCUGCAUGUGUGAAGGGGGGUUUUAUUUGGGGGGGAAGAGGUGAUAAAAACGUCAACUCUUCUGAUCGUCGAAGGACAUUAUCUUCAGGCAAAAAACAAACAAAAAACUUUAAAAUAAGUAUUUUUUUGAGCAUCAGAGAAAAAUAUUAACUUGUAUUUAAGUAAAAACUAAAAACAGAGGGAGAUCUAUUUAUUUUGGGACUCGUAGUGCAAAGAAGAGUCCGCAGAUGAUAUAUUGUUUACCUUUUUUUGUUGCAAACAAUGCAAAAAAAAAAGGAAAAGUUACCGCGGGCCUUAUGUGUUUUGACUUUGAAGCCAUUUUGCACGCAAGAUCCAUAAUGUCGUCUCGUUUGGCAGCGGAUGUCUCUCCGGCCUCGUUUCCUCUCCUCAUAGAAAUAGCUGUACUGGAGUCAUGCGUCAACACAUCACUGUUGUUGUUGUUGCGUUUGAGCCUGAAGGAAAUGAGACGGGCAGGAGAGAAAUCAAUUGAGCUGAUUUUGAGAAGCGACAGUAUGUGUGCAUGAAUUGUAAAUGUAGUUGUUUAUUGGCCACGUUGGGUUGGUGAGGGUGGGGUAACUCGAGGAGUGUGAUGCCCUGCCAGCAGGGGGCAGGAUUCCUCGCACCGACAAAGUGUUCAGCGUGCUCGGUGCAUUAUGGGUGCCUUAAGGUGUUUACACUCAAAUGUUAAGUUGGGCCAACACGUCGGGGUCCACAAAGGAACUAAAAACUGCCCGGAGACGGGUUGUGUCUGUGUGUGUGUGUGAGAAAAUGAAUGAAGGGAUGUUACAAAGUGUGUGUGUGUGAGUGACAGGUGUAAGAAUAAGAAAACUAGAAAUGUGGAGGAAAAAAAGUGAGGAAAAAUGUAAAAAAGUGAGAAGAAAGAAGCUGCUAAAGUGUUUGGCCAGCCGUCGCCGUGAGGGUCACCUGGCUGGAGCACCUGGUCUCCAGUGGAGAGACGUAGAAGACCCUCACCCUCGUCAUCGUCAUCUCGAGACCCAGGUGAAGGACUGAGUCCACCUCCUUCAGCUCUUAUCCAGAGGCACAAACAAGCCCGUUACUGUUUUUAGGAAGAAGCAUAAAAAAUACUUUAAAAACCAGUGUCAUCCACCAGAGGACAAAUCUGUAUUAUGAUUUAAAAUGUAUUUGAUUCUCAGUUCGACUUCUGCAGAGAAAAGAUUAUUUUAUUUUAUUGUUCAAUAGAUGGAUGGCUUCUAUGGAAAGUCUUUAUUUCAACAAGGGAACAUUGUUUACAAAAAAAAACCUGUUGGAAUGUUUGCCAAAAAUUAAAUAUAAUUUUUUUCUGGUACGGCAUCCAUGGAGUAAACUUUCCGAUUGGGGGCUUUUUUUUUGUUUUUUGGAGAAGUUUAAAAACUGGAAAUGUGUUUCAUGAAAUGUGAGGAAGAACAGAAAAGAUCAACUUAUUGUGCGGCGCCGUCGGCAGUCUGGUUAUAUAUUAUUUUAUAUAAUCGGCCAAUCGGUGCCCUGUAUUGGAGGAACAAAAAACAAAAAAAAGAUGGAGUCCCAGAAACAGAUUCAAGUGAACGUGGGUCUCUUCUAUUUCAUAUAUAUUUUGGUUUUGGCGUCUGUCGAGCCGUCUGUCUCUGCAGCAGACCGGCGGCGGCGUUCAGCUGUCGCAAUCAAUUUAACAUAAUUUCAGACUUUAAUUGACUUGUCUCAAGUUAUUUUGGAGAAAAUAUCACUUGACUGCAGAUAAAACAUAAAUAAAAGUUCAGGCUCUACUUGAGUUUGAAACUUUGAGGUCGACGGGGUCUGUUUUUGGUUUAAUUUAUUUUUUUCUCCCUAUUGAAAUGUUAAUUUCCCAGAGUUAACGGUCGUAACGAGCAGCUCCUGUCAGCGCCAAACAUUUCUGUCUUCAUCAAAAGCAGAUUUACUUAAAUUGGGUCUUAUCAACAGACUGUUUGACUCGUAAGGAAGGAGGGAAGAGGUUCGAUCAAGAGUCUUAAUGAGGAAGUGAUGCCUGGGCAGUGGUUAGGUAUGAAAACACUUUCAAAUCAAGUGGAUUUUUGGGUGAAAUCUGAUCCUGCCCCGCUGAAACUGUACAAGACAUUUCAAUAAAAAUGUAUUACGUUUCACCUGGA